AUGAGCGCAAAAGUUGUUGAAAAUUAUUCCCUUCUUGAAGUUAUAGGUUCAGGUCAAUAUGGUAAGGUGUAUAAGGCAGUGAACAUAAAAAAUAAUAGUUUAGUAGCAGUGAAAGUAGUCAAGAUAGAAAAAUUUAAAGAGGUGCCAAAAUUGGAGGAAUUCACAAUGAAUGAAAUCCAAACCUUGGCCAGAAUUAACAAUCCAUAUGUUGUCAAAUUUAUAGAAAUGCUCAAGAGUUCUCGAAAUUACUAUUUUGUUUACGAGUACUGUAACGGUCAAACCCUUGAGGCUGUGAUUUAAGAGCAAGGGUAUAAAUAUAUGUAUAAUAAGGGUUCAAACUGAAAAGGAGGCUCUAUAUUACUUUAGAUAAUUGGUUUAAGCAUUCCAAUCCUUAAUUUAAGACAAUAUUAUGCACAGAGAUUUGAAACCAAGCAACAUAAUGUUACAUAAUGGACAAGUUAAAUUGGGAGAUUUUGGGUUUUGUAAAGCCUUGAAUUCUCCUCAGGAUUUAUCUUCAACUAUGGUGGGCUCUCCAAUCUAUAUGGCUCCAGAAAUAUUGAAGGGACAGGAAUAUUCAAUCAAGGCUGACAUUUGGUCUUUGGGGUGUGUUCUGUAUGAAUUAUUGUAUGGAAUUUGUCCAUUUGAGGAGAAAACUAUGGCCUAAUUAAUGUUGGCUGUUGAGGAGAGGGAAAUUUAAUUCUUAGAUAAUGUUAACGUAGUAUCAUAAACAACAAAAGAUUUGUUAUAGAAGAUGCUCACAAAAGAUCCAACCAAAAGAAUUAAUUGGAAAGAAUUGUUUGAGAGGGAACUAACUUAUGCAGAGAGUAUACUUUGAUAAAUGAUUUAGGAACUAAAAAUAACGAAUAACAUGCUAAUUAGAUACAAUAGGAGUUAACCUUGAAUUCACAAAGGAAUAAGGAAUCAAAGGCUUUUAAGUACUUAUUGAUGGAGAGAAACAAAAUAUUUUAUCUGUAUAAAGUUGUUGAGGAAGUCUUAGAGUUAAGCAAGGAAGAAGUAUAUAAUAUUAAUAAUUAUUAAUUUUUUUAAGAGAGAAGAAAGUCGAGAAUCUUAGAGUGUAUAUUGUGGGUACAUGAUUAUGAAAUAUAUCUGUUAUUUGAUAGAGAUGAUCAGAAUGAACUUGGUUGACAAAUUCAAUGUUUCAGCUUUUCCUCAUCUUGUCAAGAAAUAGGAAUUAUAAAAUGAUAUUACAAAGACCUUUGAGUAUAAAAGUUUUUGCACUCUUAUCCAGAAAGAAGUAGAAACAGCUCGAAAGAUGUUUAAACAUUUUUAAGAUGAAGCAGACAAAUUUUAUAAGUCAUAAAAUAAUGGAUAACACAUUUAUUAGGGAACUGAGUUUGCUCAUUUUGAAACUGAACUUUAAAGGGAAUUGUCAUCAUCUGAAAUUUCAAUUACAUUUAUGAAAAAAAUUGUUUUAAAAUAUUGUGAAGAUUUAAAAAGUCAGUAUUUACAGCAGUUUUUAGAUAAGAAUCCUCAACUGGGUAGCAAGUAAUCUUUUACAUUAUGAUUAUAGGUAGUUGUUGCAUAUUGAAAAAACUCUAGAAUCUUUAAUUUUAGAUGAAUUUUUUGAAAAUUGCAUGGACAUUCAAUAGAUCGAUUUGGAACAACAAAAUUAUUUUUCAAUCCUUAAUAAAUAUUCAAAAGCAGAUUUGUUAUAAGUAAUCACCAAUAAGAUGGACUACAUUAGACAUAAAUUAUAUAAAUGAAAAGGAG